UGUUAAGCAAACAUCACCAGAGAAUAGAAAUUAUUAUUUGUGUAUUGAUAACUUUUACUAUUCAAGAAAACUGAUGUCCUGAGAGUGUUGUUUGGAUAGCUAAGUGAUAUAAUUGAUCUGCUAAAAAUUGUUUUUACAUUGAUUAUUUAGCUUAAUCAUAUUUUACUUUGUAGAAAAAUAUUUUUUUUCUAGUGAUAUUGCGAAAUAGUACACCUGAAUCCGGAUUUAAAUCAGGGAUGAUAUCAAAGUGAGUGGCAGAUGGUUGUGUCCUGAUAGGUGAUAAGACAGACUAUCUCCUUGAAAUUGUGUGAUUCUGUUGUGAAAGUGUGUGGUAUUUAGUGAAAAUAACAGGAGAUUUUGGAAUAAAUUUUAAACUAGUGAUUUAUUAUUCGGUGACAAUUUAUUGUAAAUAAAAGUUUGUUUCUGUUAAAUAGAAAGUGUUCUUUAAAUUGAAAAGAAUAUUUGUUUUUAUUAACUUAGUUCUUUCUUGGAGUGAUGUGGUAUAUAAAUAAAGACACUUUUGUGUGAAAACAAUUACAAGAGCCACGGUUUAGAGUGAAGCGUUUAUGAAAAUCGCAAUUUCACAGUUAAUACAAUCUGGUGAGAGGCUUUUGUUUUGAAUAUAAAGAAAGUGCACACAUUAAAGCAAGUUUACAGAAUUUGUAAAUAUUUUCAAUAAAAAGCAGGCUUAACUACUGUCUUUUUUGUAUAAAUUAAUUCAGUGUGAAAAGGUUUGAAUGCGAACUGAGAUAAGUGGUCACAAAGAAGCAGCUUAAAUUUUGUUGAAGAGAAAAAUUUGAAAUUGAAGUUGCUUAGGAUAAUAUCCGACUUGUGCUCAGCAUUAAGUUUUCCAGUGCUUUGUGUGUUAAGUUUCUAUUUGUUCAAAAUAUUUGGAUUUACAUCAGAUUUUUUAAUAAGGAUUUCUCUAUUUUAAUACUAUAAACUUCAAAUCUGGACCUAAACAGACUGACCAGGGGAUGGACAAGAUGACAACCCACACUGACCAUUCUGACCACUUUAUAAGGUCCAGAACAUAUUAACUUAGCAAAGAGUGUCAUGAACUGAAAACAUGUGUUCAAGUUACAUCAAGAGGACAUUAGUGUGUUUUUUUACAGUAAAGCAAAGCAUAAUUUUUCUCAGGGUGUAGCAUGGAUGCAGGUGCCAUUUCACGCACACAGGGGCUCUCCGACCAGCUGCGCCAUGCUGCCAGUAAGGGACAGCUUGACCAGGUCAUCAGCUGUCUCCAGGCUGGGGCCACGCUAGAUACUGACCAGGAUGGACGGACAGCCUUGCACUACGCUGCUCUCAAUGGCUUCCCUGACGUCACCAGAUUUCUGAUUGAGAAAGGUUGCAACAAAGACAUACAAGAUGAUAGUGGUUACACUCCACUACAUCGGGCAGCAUCUCAAGGUCACAUAGAGGUCAUCACAAUACUGUUAGAGAGUGGUUGUGACCUUAAUGCACAGGAUGAGCAUGGCAACGCUGCCAUCCACGAGGCUGCCUGGAACGGCUUCAGUAAGACACUGGAGUUGCUUGUGAAAUACGAAGUGGACGUCUCACUUGUCAAUAAGGCUGGGUUUACAGCUUUACAUCUCUCUGCACAAAAUGGACACAAUGAGAGUACCAGAGUUCUCCUGUAUGCAGGCUGCAACAGUGACCUGAAAAACAAUUACGGUGACACCACCCUCCACACAGCAGCGCGGUACGGUCAUGCAGGCGUGACCAGGAUACUCAUCAGCGCACGCACAAAACUCAACGAACAAAACAAGAACGGCGAUACUGCCUUACACAUUGCGUCUGCUUUGAAAAGAAGGAAGAUAGCCAAGUUACUUGUUGAUUCCGGAAUAGAUGUCACGGUUAGAAACAAGCAAAAUGAGACAGCAAUGGACGUGGCCAGACGAAAGGACCACGAGGAAAUAGUUGCUAUUAUUCAGGCCCAUAGCAGGCCAGUGAAACAACCCCUGAAGGAAGUCAACUUCAGACUGGAGCCCAGCAACCAAAUGGUUCCCAUGACAACCACAGACGUGAAAGACGAGAAGCCGGAAAACAAGGACAAGGGUCGCAGAUUCCUGUUCUUUAAGAAGAAAUCCAAGUCCAAGGACAAGGCCACGGUGGGUCGUACAGGCGGUGUGUCCCCUGGGAUGGCAGUCUCCACCACAGACAUACCAAUGUCCAGCACGCGGCCCGUGCAGGGGUUCUUCAGCAAGUAUGUGCCCAGGCAGGGGGUCCAGUACUACCGAGACCUGGCGGGAAACGUGAAAACGGGUCCAGUAGGCUACACUCCAACAUGCAACUGUUUGCCUGCAAUCAAUCGUCUGCAGAAGGAAGUUUAUGACACGCAGGACCACGUGUAUGGCAGCAUCCAAUCAAACACACGGGCCAUGCAUGAGCGAAUAAACCAGGUGGAUCAGCGCUCGUCGAUGCGUGUCCGCGAACUUGAGAAAUACACCCAGGAUAGGUUCAUUGAAGAGGAACACAUGUGUCGUCAGCGAAUAAAUCAGCAAGUGGACGAAUAUGGUAACGUACACUCAAAUAAUGUGAAAACACAAAUUCAGACUUGGCUGGAACAAAAGCUUGAAGGUUAUGGCCAUUGCUUACACCAUCACCAUGACGAUUCUGCAUUACCGAAUGAAAAUAUAUUUUCGGAUGUGCACGAGACUGCAAAUGGACGAUUGUUUAAAUCGCGAUCAGACGAGACGUUGUCACAGUCAGAUAAUCACAGUGGUAAGUAUCGCAAACGGGAAUUCUAUGAAUCUCGACAACAAGCAAUGCAGCAAAUACGAGCUUGGCAGGUCCCAAGCUAUAGCAAGGACAGAAACCGCAUCAAAGUGGUCGACAAACAGCCGAACAGAAAUCAUGAACCUCCGUUGAGAUCUCAGAACCAAAAUCAAGCGGCUUCUAAUACGCAAAUAAACUCAAAUCCCAUUAGGCAGUAUCCCAUGGAACCUCAAGUGGAAGUUAAAUACUUUGAUAACAAAAAUACACCAAAAUCUAUCGGAAGAAAUGCUCCGAGACAAGGUGACAAUAAUUACAUGACAAUGACUGGUUCCCAAAAUAAUUAUAUGACCAUGAAUGGUUCCCAGCCUCAGAGUCAGGUCCCUCAGGCACAGGCGAGACCUCAAGUGUACCAGUCUGUGAGGCAGACGGCAAAUAGCAGGGGACCAGUUAAUCAUAGCACUCCAAAAUCCAGAGAUUCUAGUCCGUACACUACUCACCAGGGAAUAGUUCGGAGUCAGACUGACGGUGGAUUAAGUGCUAGUUCUCCUCGGCAGCUUAUGUUUCAAGACUCGCCACAUGCAAAGCAGACUUCCAGUUCCAGUCAGUGUAUUCAAACUUAUACAGCUGUGGAUAGUUCUAGUGAAAUGAAAAACGCAAGAAGUGCUGUACAGCUGAACAGUUCACCAAUGAAAUUAGUGUCAAGUGCUAGUGCGAAUGUUGUCAGUACUGGAUUACGUAAUUCAUUAGGCAGUGAUAAAUUUAUGCCAGAAACACCAAAACCCACAUUCACAACUUUCGGAUAUGAUGAUUCAGCUGACGUGGGUUCAGGUCUGAUAAAUAAUUCUGACAAGGCUGACAAAUCUGCCCCCGUUCCUAUGGAAGUAAGUGCGUCUCUGACUCCGAGAUCUAACUCUAGUCAUUCAAGUCAAGAUGGUCAAAACAAAACCCAACUCACCGAUAAAAGUCGAUUUGCUAGACAAAAUUCGCACAAUUCUUAUGGGUUCUCGCCCUCAUUUCAUGAUGACAUGUAUGUUGAGAUGAAAAACAUCACCCCUCGCUUACAUACCCGUACACGAUCAUCAGAAGGCCUGCUUGAAACUGACAUUGAUCAUGACAGUCAAGCUGCCGAACAAAGUGUUCUUCAACGUGAAAGUGCUUCUCAACAAGUGACAGCAAGAUCCUCAUCUGAAACACGUGCAAGUGUUCGUAGUCCAACGAACUCUGUUCCUGCUCCACAGUUUCCAUCCAGAAGUGUUUCAUCGUCAAUCUCGAAUUCUAAAUUUGCAAUGUUAAUUAGUUCUCCACAUCAGCCCAUACCUGUGAGUGGUGGGCGACCUGUGCCCACAGACAGACCAGUCCCACCUCCCAAGCCAAGCGCACAGGCUAGCAUAUAUCCGUACGCCAAGAUUGGGGAUGUCAAACGUGGCAAUGAACGAAUGAACGAUGGUAACAUCCAACUAAAGACUUUUCCGCAACCUGUCAGCGAUAGUCAGUACAGCACAGUGAAAGAUGCGAGAUACCAAAGAGACGCUAAUCAGAAUUUCACUGUGAAGGCAGAUGUUCACUCGUCUGUACCAUAUUACGCGUACAGUGCUGCCAACGGAUCAAGCGGUGUUAUAAAUCCAAACCAAUUGGAACCGCGCUCAAAGACUGCGUAUCAAACAUACUUGACAGAAAGUCCGCAGUUUAUGUCAGAGAUUCAUCGUGAAAGCCCUCCUAACAUCUGCAAUAACAGCAAGGAAGAUUCCAGCAGCAAUCCGGACUCCGGCUACAGCAGUAAGAUCUACGGGAACCGUGUCGGGUCGGUUCAGCCUGCGAGUUGUGGAAGCACUCCGUCGUCAUCCUUCAGCACGGAGCGCGGACUGACCAGCAACACAAACUCUCCCCAGAGCCAGUAUUCAAGCACUGACUAUGACUACCUGCCUCACAGGCAAUAUGAAGAUGAAGUGCAGUCACAUAAUAACACCUGGUAUCAGCGGAAACUCCAGGAAACCACACAGAAGGUGUACGACAGUUGGAAGAACGACAGAACGCCAGGAAAAAUGCCUCAGUCUGGUAGAGGUGUUGGUCAAACAAGGGCUUAUGGGAAUGGGGAUUUAAUGGUGUCCAAUCAGAUGCAGACGUCAAGACCCAGUCAGAUGGGCUACACACCACCUGUUCAACAAAACCAUAUGGUGUCUACCUUUGUGGUCCAUGGGAGUGAUGUGUAAACUGAAUGAAAAGAAAUAUUUUGUUCAUUUUAUGGCAAAGAUUUUGUGUUUAUAAUGAUUGAGCAUGGUCGUACAUUCAUUUGUAACAUUGUCUAGUCACACAGCCUCAACAAUGAUUUAUUUUUCACAAUUUUCGUAUUUCGCUGAAAAAUAAAUAAAAAUGUUGAACAAAUGGACAUUAUAUGUUUUGUAUGUAUGUUUAUUGGAAACUCUUUGUUCAAAGAUCAAAAUACAAAUGUUUUAAUUUUGUAUUAUGUUUUUAUAUACGAUAUAUUAUAUAGAACUUGUAUUAUUUGUAAAUAUUCAAAAAACAUUCGUCUAUAAAUGGCAAACUUUUGUUUGAAACAUUUUCUGUACAAAGUAUGUAUAUAAAUCAAUACCAUAUUUAUUUUUGUAAUACAUUUAUAUUAAAAUGUUUGUAAGAUUAUACCAGUAUUGGUAUAUAAACUGGAUAAAACUGAUAGUGUUUGUUCUUCAUUAAUAUUAUAUUAACCCUUACCACUUGAAUACGUAUUUUCACGCAUUUGUAACCCUUAGAAAGUUAAAUUUAAUUCAAGACCUUACUAGAUUCAAGUUUUAAAUGCUUCAUUUUCAAUCCUUAUAUACUGAUGAGCAGCAAACAGCAUAGAACCUGAACAGGCUGUAAGUUUCUUGCAGGCUGUUCUGGCUUUAUGCUGUUUGCACAUUUUCCCUUUACAUCUGAGUGGGGAAGGGUUAACAAUGAUUUAUUGGCUUGUGUAAAAAUUGUUAAAGGUAGCUAUAGUUAAAAAUAAAUUUGAAAUAAAGAAUUUACUAAAUCAUUA